GGUCUGGGACAGGGGCUGCUGCGCUCCCUCACACCUCCCCUGCCCCUUGUGUUGUCCCAGCAGGCUCCUGUGCAACUUCUGCCUGUGAUCAUCCCUGACACCUCAUCUGCAGGAGAGCAACAAACGGCCGCAGCGCAUCCGUCUCAGCCUGCAGACCGGUGGUGAUCUCCCUGCUUGAGGAAGGGAAGGACCCCUGGCUCUCGGGUGUGCAUGGCCUGGAGGACGUGGCAGGAGUCCUCAGCCCAGCAGGACCACGCAGAAGAGAGACCCUUCGAGUGCCCUGAGUGUGGGAAGAGCUUCAGAAGCAGUUCGAACCUCAUCCGCCACCAGCGCAUCCACACAGGAGAGAGGCCCUUCCAGUGCCCUGAGUGUGGCAAGAGCUUCAGGAGCAGCUCUGACCUCAUUGUGCACCACCGCAUCCAUACGGGGGAGAGGCCUUUUAAGUGUCCGGAGUGUCCAAAGAGCUUCAAAAGCAGCGCUCACCUCACCUCCCACCAGCGCAUCCACACAGGAGAGAGACCCUUUAAGUGCCAAGAAUGUGAGAAGGCCUUCAAAUGCAGUUCCCACCUCAUCCACCACCAGUACAUCCACACGGGAGAGAGACCCUUCCAGUGCCCUGAGUGUGGCAAGAGCUUCAGCAGCAGCUCCAAUCUCGCUGACCACCGGCGCAUCCACACAGGGGAGAGACGUUUUAAGUGCCCUGAGUGUGGCAAGAGCUUCAGCAGCAGCUCCAACGUCGUUAUCCACCAGCGCGUGCACAGCGGAGAGAGACCCUUCCAGUGCCCUGAGUGUGGGAAGAGCUUCAAGAGCAGCUCUGACCUCAUUGUGCACCAGUGCAUCCACACAGAGGAGAGACCCUUCAAGUGUCCUGAUUGUCCAAGGAGCUUUAAAACCAAUUCCCACCUCACUGGCCACCAGUGCAUACACAGAGGAGAGAGGCACAUAAAGUACUGCGAGUGUGGGAAGGGCUUCAAAUACAGCUCUGUACUGCAGUGCCACCAGCGCAUCCACACAGGAGAGAGACCCUUCAAGUGUUCUGAGUGUCCAAAGAGCUUCAAGAACAGUUUCCCCCUCACCUGCCACCAGUGCAUCCACACAGAGGAGAGACCCUUCAAGUGUCCUGAAUGUCCAAAGAGCUUCAGAAGCAGUUCGAACCUCAUCCGCCACCAGCGCAUCCACACAGGAGAGAGGCCCUUCCAGUGCCCUGAGUGUGGGAAGAGCUUCAGGAGCAGCUCUGACCUCAUUGUGCACCACCGCAUCCAUACGGGGGAGAGGCCUUUUAAGUGUCCGGAGUGUCCAAAGAGCUUCAAAAGCAGCGCUCAUCUCACCUCCCACCAGCGCAUCCACACACAGGAGAGACCCUUCCAGUGCCCUGAGUGUGGCAAGAGCUUCAAAAGCAGUUCUGACCUCAUUGUGCACCUGCGCGUCCACACGGGAUACAAACCUUACAAGUGCUCAGAGUGCGGGAAGAGCUUCAAAAGAAGCUCGGAAUUGAAGUGCCACCGCCGUGUCCACACGGGGGAGAGACCCUUUGAGUGCUCCGAGUGUGGGAAGAGCUUCGGCAGCACUUCCAGCCUCGCUUACCACCAGCACAUCCACACGGGAGAGAGACCUUACCAGUGCUCUGAGUGUGAGAAGAGCUUCAAAACCUCUUCCUACCUGACUGUCCACCAACGAAUCCACACGGGAGAGAGACCCUACCGGUGCUGUGAGUGUGGGAAGAGCUUCAGCAGCAGUUCUAAACUCAACUCCCACAAGCGCAUCCACAGAGGAGACAGCCCAUAAAAGUGCCCUGAGUUUGUGCAGAGCUUUACUUUCAGGUCCUGUCUCCCUGCCUUCCUGCACAUCCUCGCGAGAGACGGAGCCUGUGGGUCCCCAGACUCCUUCAUCUGGCAGGUAAAGUGCUGCAGCCAGCAGGGAGAGCUCUGUAACGUCAUCCUCACUGUAAUGAAGAUGUGCUCCAGUGUGUGAACGGGGAGAUCCACCGUGAGCUGGGCGGGGAAUGGUGUGCGUGGCUGAGAGCAGGGAAAUACAAACCCCAUCCAUGUUUGGGUACCCGACCUCGGCCGCAGGACACAUCCAACCCCUCCUGUUCCCUUCCUCAUCCUGGUUAUCGCCUAUGAAAAUCGACUUGUGCUUUUCCUGUCGUCUCCUGCUCACCACUCCGUUACCUGUUGCAGAGCGACUGCCUGGUGACAUUUUACUGCUGUCAGCACGUCAAGUCACAGCAGCUGCAACACAGGUUUGAAGUUUCCUCAUGGACACCCAGCUUCGGAAGUCCCUGAGCUGGCAAACCCCUUUCCCUGCAUGGGGCGCAGGAGAGAGCACUG